AUGCCAGCUGUGAAAGCCUUGGUGUCGCCCCCUCCCUGCCCCCCACCCCCCAGGCUUCUAGUACCUUCCCGAUUGCAUCCGCCGGCAAGUUUUCUCAGAAAAAAUGUAGAAGACUUCACUGGACCUAGAGAAAGAAGUGAUCUGGGCUUCAUUACAUUUGAUAUAACAGCUGAUCUAGAAAAUAUAUUUGAUUGGAAUGUUAAGCAGUUGUUUCUUUAUUUAUCAGCAGAAUAUUCCACAAAAAACAAUGCUCUGAACCAAGUUGUCCUUUGGGACAAGAUCGUUCUGAGGGGUGAUAACCCGAAGCUGCUGCUGAAAGACAUGAAAACAAAAUACUUUUUCUUUGACGAUGGAAAUGGUCUCAAGGGAAACAGGAAUGUCACGCUAACUCUGUCUUGGAACGUCGUACCAAAUGCUGGAAUUCUACCUCUUGUGACAGGAUCAGGACAUGUAUCGGUCCCAUUUCCAGAUACAUAUGAAAUAACGAAGAGUUAUUAAAUUAUUCUGAAUUUGAAACAA